AGCGGCAAACGAAAAUUUUUAACAAAGUAAGCUUUUUUUAUCAUUAUAAAUUAUAGUUAGUCACAGCACAAAAAAAAAUACGUUCUACUGUUGAGACGGAUCUUAAAGAGAUAAAAUGUCACAAAACUUAUCUGCACAAGCUGGCCGUAGCAGAAGAAUAACUUCUGUGAGGCAGUUGGAGCUGUUGGUGGAUUUCAUGGAGCGCCAUAAAGAUUUGGCACUUGGUCGUUUACAAAGUAAAGAGGCACGGGCAGUUGCUUCUCGCCUGUGGAAUGAGUGUGCCACGAUUUGUAAUGCUGAGGGCACAUAUAGGAAACCCAAGGAAUGGAGCCGUUACUGGAAUGAUUUUAAAGGCAGGGUAAAAUCGAAAUUACGUACCAUAUGCCAAAGUGGGGAUGGGAAUGGAGGAGGACCAGCAAUAGAUGUAUCUUUGAGCCCUAUUGAGGAUAGAGUGGCAGCAAUAUUGGUACGUGAUGUUGUCACUCCAUUGCAGGGUGCUCAACAAAAUCCCUUAUUGUCUCAGAACACUACUGCCAAUGAAGCAUCCCCUCAACAACCCCAAGAGUUGUCAAUUAAUAUGAGCGAAAUCAAAAUUGAGUUAGAGCAGGAUUCAACGGACCAAAUUCCUAUCCCCGAUAGUCCUGUCUCGAGACAAAUGUCUGGCACCGAUGACCAUGAUACACCACAAGACUCAGCACCACAACUUGAGCCUGCAGAAUCAGAGCCCAGGCCUCGACGUUCUAGACGAAAGCCUAGAGUUCAUGCUAGACAUAGGUCCUUGUUGACGCAACAAGCAGAAGAGUCCCUGGAUGAGUCACGAAGUGCAUUAGCUAGGCUUCAGGAAGCAAAGCUCGCGGUCCAAACUAAGCAAAUGGAGAUUGAGAUUAGAAAAGUAGAGGCUUUGCAGCAAAUAGCGCUGGCUAUAAAUAGGCUAGCGGAUGCAGUGUCAUCCACAUUUGACCCAGCAGGCUCAUCUACACAGCAUGGACAUCAUACUCAAAACAGACCUCAAAUUUCUUCGAGUGAUGAUAGUGACUAUUAGUAGUGAUUAGAGGGCGUAAUGAAAGAUGGUUCACGAGGGAUUUUUGGACUGCCCCGCCUUCUGAAAGUUCCUGAUGUUGAUGCCUGUUAAUGUCAGUCCUUGCUUCAAGCCUGAGCAAAAUCAAAAUUAGCAGCAAGUUCAGCUGCUAUUUCAUCAUUGUUUAAUGGAUGGACAUUUAAGAGUGCCUUGUUUGCUAUACAGGGUGACAUUUAAAACGACUGCAUCCUUUUAAACAUAGACUAUACCCAUGCUUCUUAGCUGUUUGAGCCUAUUUUUAUUUAAAUUAAACGUUAUCGUUUUCACAUUAAAAAAACCAUCAAAAAAUACGUCACACGCUUUAUUAAAGACCAAUACUACAAAAACGAAAUUAAAACUAAACAUGUAAAUAAAUGUCUGAAAAAUAAAUGAUUUUACUAGUAUCAAGAUCAAGUAGGUACAGAGUUGUCGAAAUCGCUCAGCUGAAUGAAUUGUGUCGUUGACCUCUGAAUCUUACGCGUCGCUUUUCCUCCGGCCGGGGUGAUAUGACGUAUUUAGGAUCGUGGAUUUUGAUACUUUUAUUUUUUUUUUCCUACUUUCUGAAAUAUGAACCGAUAUUUUUCUUUUAACGUUUUUAAAUAUCCUUUAGAUGAGUACACUUAACAGUUAAAUUUAUGCAGUUGAAUUAAAAGUCACCCUGUAUUGUGUAAAACACAACAUGCAUUCACUAUACGCGCUGCUGAGAUGGGAUCUUAGUGAAGUUGACCAGCAGAUAACAGGCAUCUGCAACAUAAUUGAUAAUAAUUUAUUGAUACAGGAUUUUUUACGUAAUUUAACUGUGAUUUCAAAGAUACAUGUAAGAUAUUAUGAUUUUAUUGUUAUUGAUUAAAAUUUCUUUAGAAUAUAAGACUUAGAUGAUUUCAGAUAAAAAAAAGAGAUUAAAAUAGAA